UGUCAAUCCCUGCAGUUUUUAGUUACUAACAAAACAAGCCAUGAUCUUCAAAUUCUGACUCAAGAUCUAAAAUUAGAAUUGUUUAGGCUAUGUUGUUUUCUUGAAAGUGGUGUCAAUAAUGCUUUUGGAAUCAUAAAUUCUUAGUAGUUUCUUCUAGUAGUUCUGAGGAGAUUUUUCUAAUGUUUCUGCUCAUAUUGUAAAUAAAUCCAGAUAGAGAGGCUGGAUUGCAAUUAUCCCCUAAAAAUUUGGCAAGUUGCCUAAUACAAGCAAUGACUAACCCAUGUGUUUACUCUUAACCUCAACUUGGUCAAACUGCAUUUCACAUUUUCACAAUUUUCUAUAUAUACAUAUGUGUUUUUAACUAUAUUUAUGUGUGUGCAUUCGUAUUUAAGGAGGGUUUUAGUUAUAUAUUUAUAGAUAGAUCACUUGAACACAAUUUUCCAUGUCUGAGCUUACAACCUCAUGAUUAUGUCAAAAAUGUCCCUUUUCAGCUUUAUUCUUACACUUAUCUACUGUCUAUUUACAGUAUCUUCUUCUCCUUCUCUACACCCAGAUGAAGUGGAAGCCCUUAAGGAUAUCGCAGCAACACUGGGUGUGAAGCACUUGAACCUAAGUGAAGAUCCAUGUCUCACAAAGACUCUGGUAAUACCUCAAGGUGUUCUGGAUGAAGGACAGAACAGCACAAUCAGAUGUGACUGUCAUUUCGAUAACUACAGCACUUGUCAUAUCACACACUUUGUCCUCAAGAAAUCCAGUCUUCCAGGUAGACUUCCUCCGAUGCUGUACAAGUUUCAGUAUCUUGAAUCGAUUGACUUAUACCAUAAUUACCUUCAUGGCUCAAUUCCUAUGGAAUGGUCCUCACUGCCUUACCUCAAAUCUAUCAGCUCUCUCUGCGCAAACCGCUUAUCAGGAGACAUUCCCAAAGGAUUGGGGAAGUUUAUUAACCUCACCCUUUUAACUCUUGAAGCCAAUCAAUUUUCUGGAACUAUUCCUAAGGAACUUGGGAACCUAGUGAAUCUACAAGGAUUAGGACUCUCUUCCAACCAACUUGUCGGAGGCCUCCCCAAGACAUUAGCAAGACUAAAAAAGCUAACUAAUCUCAUCUUAAGUGAUAACCUCCUGAACGGAUCGAUUCCAGAGUUUAUUGGGAAAUUAUCCCAACUUCAAAGAUUAGAACUCUAUGCGAGUGGCCUUAGAGGACCUAUUCCAGACUCCAUUUUUUAUCUGGAGAAUUUGAUCGACCUGAGGAUCAGUGACACGGCUGCAGGAUUGGGACAUGUUCCUCAGAUAGCUAGCAAGAGCCUCACACAUUUGAUUCUGAGAAACUUAAACUUAUCAGGACCAAUUCCAACCAGUCUCUGGGAUCUGCCGAGUCUAAUGACUCUGGAUCUUUCCUUUAAUAGGCUGACUGGAGAAAUUCCAGCAUAUGCAACCGCCCCGAGAUACACGUAUUUGGCUGGAAACAUGUUGUCUGGAAAGGUUGAAACAGGAGCUUUCCUUACUGCAAGCACAAAUAUUGAUCUGUCCUAUAAUAAUUUCACGUGGUCUCCUAUGUGCAAAGAGAGGAAGAAUAUAAACACAUAUGAGAGCUCCCACUCAAGAAACCGUCUAACCAGACUUCUUCCAUGUUCUGCCAUAAAGCAAUGCCAUAAUUAUAGUAGAUCUCUGCAUAUAAACUGCGGGGGACCUAAUGUAACUAUCGAAAACUCUCGUGGAAAGUUUCUGUACCAGGGUGAUAACUAUGGACCUAUAGGUUCAGCUAUGAACUAUCAUAGCACAAACUGGGGAUUCAGCAACACUGGUGACUUUAUGGAUGAUGGAAUAACGGAAGAUACAUACUCAGUUUCAUCAGAAUCUGCAGUCUCAGCAAAAUAUCCUGAGCUUUAUCAGACAGCUAGACGUUCACCCUUGAGUUUGGCUUACUUUGCAUUUUGCUUCGAAAAUGGAAGCUACAACGUGAAACUCCAUUUUGCAGAGAUACAGUUCUCAGAUGAGGAACCAUACAUUAGACUAGCGAAACGUGUUUUCAACAUUUACAUUCAGGGGAAGUUAAUUUGGGAGGAUUUCAACAUCAGAGAGGAGGCUAAUGGAACUCACAGAGAAGUUGUAAGAGAAGUAAACACUACCGUGACUGAUAACACUUUAGAGAUACGGCUUUACUGGGCAGGGAAAGGCACGAUGAUCAUUCCUCAAAGAGGGUACUAUGGCUCUCUUAUCUCUGCGAUCUCAGUCUGUCCCAGUUCGGAAUCUGAAUGCGGUGUUCCGUUGCAGAUUCUUCCAGUAAAAAAAGAUCAUAAACCAACAAAAUAUCCUCUCAUUCUUGGCUUAGCAGUCUCUCUUGCUUUCUUGCUCCUCGUCUUAUUAUGUUGGAUAAAGUGUGUUAGCAAUGCAAAUGCAGCAGAACGAGGUUCCUUCAGUUUGAGGCAACUAAAAGUUGCAACCGACAAUUUUAAUCCCUUGAACAAGCUUGGAGAAGGCGGCUUUGGAUCUGUUUAUAAGGGACGAUUACCAGAUGGAACAAUGAUUGCGGUAAAGAAGUUAUCUUCCAAAUCACAUCAAGGUAACAAAGAGUUUGUAACCGAGAUCGGUAUGAUCGCUUGCCUGCAGCACCCGAAUCUUGUGAAGCUUUAUGGAUGCUGUGUUGAGAAAAACCAGUUGCUUCUUGUCUAUGAGUACUUGGAGAACAAUUGUCUUUCUGAUGCAUUAUUUGGAAGAAGCAGUCUGAAACUAGAAUGGAGAACAAGACACAAAAUAUGCGUAGGAAUCGCGAGAGGGCUUGCUUUCCUUCAUGAAGAUUCGGCGGUUAAGAUCAUUCACCGAGACAUCAAAGGGACAAAUGUACUGCUUGACAAGGAUCUGAACUCAAAGAUAUCAGAUUUCGGGUUGGCCAGGCUCCAUGAAGACGAUCAGAGUCACAUUACCACCAGAGUUGCUGGAACAAUAGGAUAUAUGGCUCCUGAAUAUGCAAUGAGGGGUCACCUAACAGAAAAGGCAGAUGUUUACAGCUUCGGUGUAGUGGCAAUGGAGAUUGUUAGCGGAAAGAACAACGCAAAAUACAUGCCAGAUGACGAAUGUUGUGUUGGCCUUCUCGAUUGGGCAUUUAUGCUGCAAAAGAAAGGGAAUUUCACAGAGAUUCUGGAUCCAAGGCUGGAAGGAAUGUUCAAUGUGAUGGAGGCAGAGAGAAUGAUAAAGGUUUCACUUAUAUGCUCCAACAAGUCUCCGACAUUAAGGCCAAGCAUGUCGGAAGUUGUAAAGAUGCUUGAAGGGGAGACUGAUAUAGAGCAGAUCAUAUCAGACCCUGGAGUGUAUGGUGAUGACUUGCGCUUCAAUCCAUCAUCUUUGCCUUCUGAUGGUAUCAUGUCGAUUCCGUCAUCCUCUGAAUCUGCUUAUGAUCUCAUACAGAUCAAUGAUCUGUACCCACUCAGUCCUGAGUCCAUUGUCUUUACUAGCUAGGGAGUUUUAAAAAAAAAAACAAUGGACUUAGCUAUUUUAAAAUUUUGUGUCCUCUAAAAAACUUCAAAAUAUGUAUAUAUGCAAACAAUCGUGUAUGCCAUCGUUUCAAAUUCUAAAAACGGAUACAAGUUUCUCGAAA